AACAGUCAGAUCUGGCAACCCCGUUUUUACUUUUCAUGUUAGUGCUGUCCUUUUUACUGCGUUGAGAGGACGUAUCUACCUGCUUCAUACAAUGCCUGAAGUCCACGCAGCGUUCGAGAACUCCGGAAGGAGUCCUGGCCUUGAAGUGUGGAGAAUUGAAGACUUCGAACCCGUACCUGUACCAAAACAACAGUAUGGGAACUUUUACUCCGGGGAUUCAUACAUUGUUUUGAAGACAUCCGGAGACGUUCCCAAUCUGAACUGGGACAUCCACUUCUGGUUGGGCACAAAAACGUCCCAGGACGAGGCCGGCACGGCGGCCAUCUUGACUGUCAAUUUGGACGAUAACCAGUUCCAGGGAGCCGCGGUCCAGCACAGAGAAACCCAGGGAUACGAGUCCAAACAGUUCCUGAGUUAUUUCGAACCAGCGAUCCGUUACCUGGACGGUGGGCACGCGUCAGGGUUCAGCCACGUGACCAUCAACGCUGGCGCCGAGAAGAGGCUGUUCCAGAUCAAGGGCAAGAGGAAUGUGAGAGUGCGACAGGUGGAAGCAACAGUGGACUCCAUGAACAAGGGCGACUGUUUCAUACUGGACGUUGAUCAUACCAUUUACGUAUUCGUCGGCGACCAGGCCAAGAGCGUGGAGCGUCUGAAGGCCAUAUCGGUGGCCAAUCAGAUCAGGGACCAGGAUCACAACGGAAGGGCCGAAAUCGAUAUCAUAGAUCCAUACUCAUCUGGCUCGGACACAGAGAAGUUCUUCACAGCCCUCGGCUCUGGUGAUCUGGACUCGGUUUCAGACGCGUCUGAAGGUGGUGAUGAUGAGGACUUCGAAAGAGGCGAUAUUAAGGAAGUAUCACUCAGUGAGAUCUCAGACAGCAGCGGCAGCAUCAAGGUGACCAACUUGCCAAAACCUUACCAGCAGGAUCAACUGAACACCAAGGAAUGCUAUAUCUUGGAUACUGGCAGUAGCGGAAUCUACGUCUGGGUUGGGAGGGAGUCCAACGAAAAGGAGAAGGCCGAAGCCAUGAACAAAGCACAACAGUACCUGAAACAUCAUAAUUUACCUCCAUGGGUGCACGUAUCGAAGGUACCAGAAGGAAUAGAACCGACAGCGUUCAAACAGUACUUCGAAGCGUGGAACUGAAAUGUUAUUAUAUGUACAUUUUUACAAGGUUCAUAUAUUUUUGUUACUUUUUCUAAGUUCAUAUAUUUUAUAUGUACUUACUACAUAAAAUGCACCAUUAACACUAACGGAGCCAUUAAUCUUCAGUAUUUCAAAAUGCGGUAUUAAUUGUAUACAUAUAAUUAUGUAUACAUUUGUUUUUAUUGAGUUCAUAUAUCUUUGUUACUUUUCCUAAGUUCUAAUAAUUUACUUAGUCUAUUACGAAGUGUGAUUAAAUGCACAAAUAUAAAUAAAUAUGUGUAAUUUAAGUUUCAAGUAUUGCAAUUAAUACAUCAAUAAUAUUAUAACAGUAAUUAGAAGCUUGGUAUUAAAUAUUAUCCAUUAAAAAUAUAUGUACCUUUUUAUUAAUUAAGUUCAUAUAAUUUUGUUAAUUCUAUAUAAGUAAUAAUACUGCAUUUGUAUUUCAUAAUGCAGAUAUUUCGAAGCUUUAUAUAAAAUGGGGGAUGUUCAAGAAAUACGUAACGUAAUUUAGGGGAAAGGUCUUGUAAAACAUUACGAUACGUUACAAGGGGGGGGGGGGGUUCGAACAAAAUGUUAAGUACAUUUUGUUUAUUCAAUUAAAAACUAGAGAAAUACAAUCUCCUAAGCCGUCAACCCUUAUCUGUUAUAUUUUUCGAGAAAUCCCUCGAAUAUAUUGUACGUCAUUUUUAUUUUGUUAUCGUUGUCAGUAUUCGGUAAUUUUGCGAUUUUAGGUAAAAAUGGUUACUUGGGUGUUACAUAACGUUUAGGGAUGAGGAGGGGAGUACAGAAAAAUGCUACAGCACGUUACAUGUAGGGAGGGGGACAAAAAUUUACAAAAAUUGUACUACGUAAAACUUGGACGUCCCCUUGUAAUGUAUUCAUUUAUAUUUUUAUUACUAAGUUCAUAUAUUUUUGUUAAUUUUAUAAGUUCAUAUAAAGUAUUGCAUUUGUAUUGCAUCAUUGUUACUAGAUGAUAAAAGAAACGUGAUAUUUUUAUAAUUAUAUUUUAAAUGCACAAAUAAUUUUUGUUUUAGUAAAUAAAUUAUAAAAAAAUAAUAAUUA